AUGUCCGGCACAGGCGCUCGCGAAAAUGUCUUUGCAACGCGAAUGGCCCUCACCAACACAAAGCUUCGUUUGAAGGGUGCUCAGACCGGACAUUCGCUACUUGCGAAGAAACGAGAUGCGUUGACCACGCGAUUCCGCGCGAUCCUCAGGAAGGUCGAUGAGGCAAAGAGAAAGAUGGGAAGAGUGAUGCAAUUGGCCUCCUUCUCGAUGGCUGAAGUCACAUACACCACCGGAGACAUCGCGUAUCUCGUUCAGGAGCAAGCCAAGCUGGCAACCUUCCGGGUGAAGGCAAAGCAAGAGAACGUCUCAGGUGUCGUUCUUCCUGCCUUCGAGACUUAUACUUGUUCAGAUUUCAACCUCACUGGGCUAGGACGAGGUGGACAGCAAAUCAUGAAGGCCAAGGAGGUGUAUGCGAAAGCGCUCGAGACCCUAGUCGAACUGGCUUCUUUGCAGACGGCGUUUACCAUCCUCGAUGAAGUGAUUCGCGCAACAAACCGACGCGUCAAUGCUAUCGAGCACGUCGUCAUGCCUCGCCUGGACAACACGAUCAAGUACAUCUUGAGUGAAUUAGAUGAAAUGGAUCGCGAGGAGUUCUUUAGAUUGAAAAAGGUGCAGGGCAAGAAAAAGAGGGACAACGCUGCUCGUGACGCAAAUCUUGAAGAACAUGGGCCGUCAGCCAUCGAUGACGCAAUAGGCGCGGAGGAAACAGGAGGUGUGGAUUUGUUAAGUAGCAAGGAUGAAGAUGUCAUUUUUUAG